GUAAUUAGUGAUUGCAAUGUCGUUCCCAAAUAAAGAGCAGAGAAAAAUGUGUUGGGACGCGAGGGAUCGCUACUGGGAGUGCCUAGAUAACGAGAACAUCAAAGACAGUUCUCUAAAGCCGAAAGUCUGCUCGGAGCUUAGGCGGAUAUUCGAGAACUCUUGCCCCACUCAGUGGGUCUCGCAUUUUGAUAGAAAACGAGACUACAAUGUGUUCAAAGAGAAAAUGCAGAAAGAAGGCUAUGAACCCAUAAAAGAGUCACAAUAAAUAAAUAAAUUAACACCUGCAGUGUUAUCUGACUUUAUUUAAUUUAAAU